CGGGAAACAAAACGGCGGCGGGCCCUUGGCUUCGGGCGGCCGCGAGCGAGAAGGGGCGGGGGGCGCGGGGAUUGGCAGCCGGGAGGCCCCAGCGCGGAUGCGAUUGGACGAGGCCGGAGGAGGGGGCGGGACGCCGCCGAGGUUAUUCUUGGAGUUGCUUCUCGGGAUCUGUUGUGUCUUCGGGAAGAAACAGGCCACUGAGACGUCUAUAUAACCGUUUAUUUUUAAAAGAGACGUUCCCUCAACUGACUGCUACAAGACAGUUCAGCACCUGGUAUCUGGGGGGUUGAGCCCCACACAUGCUGAUGACGACAGAGCUUUGGGGGAGAAGAGGAGGCGGCGACUGCUUUUCUCUUGCGGUGUGAGAGCCGCUGGGAUGGCUGCUGCAGUGGUCACGAAGACGGCCUGGAAGCUGCAGGAGAUCACCGCUCACAGCAGCAAUGUGUCUUCCCUUGUGUUGGGCAAGAGUUCGAGCCGGCUGCUGGCAACGGGGGGAGACGACUGUCGGGUUAACAUCUGGUCAGUCAACAAGCCCAACUGUAUUAUGAGUUUGACAGGUCACACAACCCCAGUGGAGAGUGUGAAGAUCAACACAAACGAAGAGCUGAUUGUUGCUGGAUCCCAGUCGGGCUCCAUUCGCAUCUGGGACCUGGAAGCUGCCAAAAUUCUCCGUACACUAAUGGGCCACAAAGCCAACAUCUGCAGCCUAGACUUCCACCCUUUUGGAAGCUUUGUAGCUUCAGGAUCCAUGGACACCAACAUUAAACUUUGGGAUGUUAGAAGAAAAGGUUGUGUCUUCCGGUACAAGGGCCACACGCAGGCAGUCCGGUGCCUCCGCUUCAGUCCUGAUGGGAAGUGGCUGGCAUCGUCGUCAGAUGACCACACGGUGAAGCUGUGGGAUCUGGCUGCUGGGAAGAUCAUGUUUGAGUUCGCUGGACAUGUGGGACCAGUGAAUGUGGUUGAAUUCCAUCCCAAUGAAUACCUUUUGGCCUCCGGGAGCACUGACAGAACGGUCCGGUUCUGGGACCUGGAGAAGUUCCAGGUGGUGAGCUGCAUUGAAGAAGAUGUUGCUCCUGUCAGGUGUGUGCUGUUUAACCCCGACGGCUGCUGCCUGUAUGCCGGCUGCCAGGACACGCUGCGCGUCUACGGCUGGGAGCCCGAGCGCUGCUUCGACGUGGUUUUGGUGAACUGGGGCAAAGUGGCCGACCUGUCCAUCUGCAACAACCAGCUGAUUGGUGUUUCUUUUGCACAAAGCACAGUCUCUUCAUUUGUCGUGGACCUCAGCCGAGUCACAAAAUGUGGGUCCGGCCUCCACGGCCUGGUGAGGGAUGACAGGCCUCCUGUUCAGCCAGUGCCUGGGGGGUCCUCCCUCCGGCGCAUCUACGACCGGCCCUCCACAACGUGCAGCAAGCCCCAAAGCAGAGUGAAGCACAACUCUGAGAGCGAGAGGCGUAGUCCAAGCAGCGAUGACGACAGGGAUGACAAGGAAUCCACUGCCGAGAUCCAGAACCCCGAGGACUACAAAGAGAUCUUCCAGCCAAAGAACUCCAUCACUCGAACCCCACCCUGCAAGAGUGAGCCUUUCCCCGCACCUCCCGAAGAUGAGCCCAUGCCUGCGAAAGAAGCACCAAGGCCCAGUCCAGCAGCAGAUCUCCAAAAGCCGUCGCCAAGCCAGGAGCCUCCUGAACCCGUUCAGAAGCCGCCAGUAGCCCCCUCAGCCCCCCCACCCAAGGUGGAGCCCCCCGUGAUCCCUGCUGCCAGGAACGAGCCUAUUGGGCUGAAGGCCUCCGACUUCUUGCCGGCUGUGAAGAACCAAAGCCUGACGGAGAUCGUGGACGAGGAGGCCAUGUCCCAGAUCCGGAAAGGCCACGAGACCAUGUGCGUGGUGCUUACCAGUCGCCACAAGAACCUGGAUACAGUGAGGGCUGUGUGGAGCACUGGAGACAUCAAGACAUCUGUGGACUCUGCUGUGGCCAUCAAUGACCUUUCGGUUGUCGUGGACCUCCUGAACAUUGUCAACCAGAAGGCAUCUCUCUGGAAGCUGGACCUGUGCACCGUCGUCUUGCCUCAGAUCGAGAAACUUCUGCAGAGCAAAUACGAAAGUUACGUUCAGACGGGCUGCACGUCCCUGAAGCUGAUCCUGCAGAGGUUUCUGCCCCUGAUCACCGACAUCCUGGCUGCGCCGCCAUCCGUGGGGGUGGACAUCAGCAGAGAGGAGAGGCUCCACAAAUGCCGCCUGUGCUACAAGCAGCUGAAGAACAUCAGCAACAUCAUCAAGAACAAAUCUGGACUCAGCGGCCGCCACGGCAGUGCCUUCCGCGAACUGCAUCUCCUGAUGGCCAUCCUGGAGUGACAGCAGCUGCCUCCGCCUCCGCCCUGACAAGCACACCAGCAGGCCCCCCACUCCAGCCAGCUUUGGGCAUGCCGGCUUGGCGCCCCCACCCCCCUCCGGUGCUGGCCCCGGGAGGCAGCAGGGACUGCAAGCGGCUCCAUCUCCAGUGCCUUACAGGCUGGAUUGCAAGCCAGGCAGCCCUGCUCCAGCACAGCCCCCCUCCUCUGCCCGCCCUCCAGGCAAAGCUAUGCUGGAAUAUGGGGCUGAGAGGCCUUCCCCGGGGGCAGCCAGCCAGCCCUGUCCCCGGGCCCAGGAGCUUGGCUUCCCUGUCCAGGCUCGCUGCUGUGUGACUCCCAGCUGGGGAGGUGGGUGGGGCCGGGCCAGUCUGACGUCUGUGCACCUGUGAUGAGCUGCAGCCUGUCCUCUGUGUUGCGGCAGGGGGGCUGCCCCUUCUUGGCUGUGCCCACAGUGGAAACCUCAAGGCUGGGGCCUGGGAUGCUCUUCCCCCGACGUCUCUUGUUCAUAAGCUGGAGCUCGCUGUUUGUGAAACUGUAACUUAUGAUGAAUUGUAUUAAAACAUCGGUAACUUUC